AUGAUUGGUAUAGCCUGUGUCGAUUUUCAUGGGAAGUGCAAUUGGUUGUUUCUUUUCUGUUUGUGUCUGCAGAGGCGCUCAGGAGAGUUUGGGACAUCACUAAUAACCAACUCGUUUGAUGACCAGUACAUUGGCUGUUCAGAGAUAUUGGAGAAGGACAUUAUGCCAGAUAUACUUAAGAAAGAAAAAUCUAAUGAACAGUUUUUAGCAGCUUGGGAUACAGCAGAAGAUGAGUGGAGUGACAUAAAGGAAGAUAUUAAUCUCCCUGAUGAUUUUAGUGAUGAGUAUGGAAUAGCCAUAAUAGUUUAUACCAUGGAAGAACCAGUACAAAUUUAUAGACAAUUUAGUGGUAAUUUGAGUAUAGCUGGGAAGUCAAGAGACUUUUACAUGAAAAACUUUCAUUUCAAAGCACUUCACUUCUAUCUGACAAGAGCUUUGCAAAAACUGGCCCCUGAGUGUAAAGAAUUCUAAAGGACGUACAGGGGUACGUCCCUGUUAUAUAACGAGGUCUCAGAAGUUCUUCGUUUUGGACACUUUGCGUCUUCAUCUUCUAACAAAACCAUAGCAGAAGGGUUUGGAACACACACUGUUUUUGAAAUAUUGACUUGCCUUGGAGUGUACAUUGAGGAAUUUUCAUUUUAUGAAGAGCAGGAAAUGCUUAUUCCUGUUACAGAACUGUUUGAAAAUGUUGGAAAAGAGGGAAACACCUAUUUUCUCAACAGUACAGGUCAGCAGUGCAUACUCAACUGUGCUUUUUUGGGAGGUGGGUACCAAAAUAGUUAA